AUGUCUGGGAUAAGGCAACCAUCCCAAUCGGUUGGAUCUGGAAGCACAACCAAUUCGGCAAGGGGGGCUAACUCAAGAAUUCGGUGUUCAUGUGGGAAGUAUGCAGCUGUGAGGACAGUGAAGAAUGGUCCAAAUAUGGGGAUGAGAUUUUAUGGUUUCCCCUUAUGGCCAGAUACUCAAUGUGAGAUGUUUAACUGGGUAACUACUAGUACUGACUUGGAAGGUCUUGAACUGAAAAUUAUGGAGAAGGAUACUGAGAUUUGUGAGUUGGAAUAUGAGAAAAAAUUGAAGGAAGACAAGAUUAAGAAGCUGCAAUUGAAGAAGGACAAGUAUUGUGAUGCGCUUGCUGGGAUGAAGACAGAAAUGGAAGAGCUGAAGACUCAGAUCAGGAAAAGGAGGAAGAAUGAGAGAAGAAUGUAUUUGAUGUUGUUGUUGUCAUGGAUUGUGUUUGGGUUUUCUUAUGUUUAUGGUUAG